AUGACUCCACAAACUGUUGGUUUCCGGAUUGGCGAUGCGGUGGAAGUGACGAGCAAUGAUGAAGGCUUCAUGGGAUCCUACUACGAGGCUACGGUUGUGGGUCAAUUGACCGGCGAUGUCUACAUAGUUGAAUACAAAAAUUUAGUCACGGACGACUUUUCGGCCCCACUGAGGGAAAACGUUCCCCUCGCACAAAUCCGCCUGCAGCCGCCGCAAGUGCAGUCCACCUUUUUCAAUAUGUACCAGGUAGUGGACGCCUUCGACAAUGACGGUUGGUGGGUCGGUCAAAUCACCGGGGAAUACAGGAACCGUUAUUAUGUCUACUUCGAGCAUUUCGGUGAGGAGACUCUUUAUCACAGAGAUAAUAUAAGAAUCCAUCAAGAUUGGGUUCAACAGUCGUGGGUUUCCAACGAAACCCGAAUACAACCCCUUUUUUGA